AUGGGCAACUGCGUGAAGUCUCCGCUGAGAGACCUCUCGAGAAAGAUCCGCCAUGAGGAGAAGACUUGCUAUAAGGCAGUCCAGAUGAGCGAGGAGGGGCCACCGGCCAGCGAGUACCAGGGUCCACUCAUGGUGCUGGCCCAGAACUGCGCGGUGAUGCACAACCUGCUGGGCCCAGCGUGCAUCUUCCUGAGGAAGGGAUUCGCAGAAAACAGGCAACCAGACAGAGAGCUGCGACCAGAAGAAAUCGAAGAACUGAGGGAGGCCUUCAGGGAGUUCGACAAGGACCGCGAUGGCUACAUCAACUGCCGAGACCUGGGCAACUGCAUGCGCACGAUGGGCUACAUGCCGACCGAGAUGGAGCUGAUUGAGCUGUCGCAGCAGAUCAACAUGAACCUGGGUGGCCACGUGGACUUUGAAGACUUUGUUGAGCUGAUGGGACCAAAGCUGCUGGCAGAGACAGCAGACAUGAUCGGGGUCAAGGAGCUGCGAGACGCCUUCAGGGAGUUUGACACCAACGGCGAUGGAGAAAUCAGUACCAACGAACUGCGGGAAGCGAUGAAGAAGCUGCUUGGACAGCAAGUGGGUCACCGGGACAUUGAGGAAAUAAUACGGGACGUUGACCUGAAUGGAGACGGGCGAGUGGAUUUUGAAGAGUUCGUCCGGAUGAUGUCGCGCUGA